AUGACUGUGGACCAUGGCUACAUUGCCGCCGGGGGACCGAACAGCCAGAUUGACAUCAAGAAGGUGAUGGAUGGUGAAGAAGUGUACAGUGGUCAGGUUGGGGGCAUCAUAAACAAUUCUCUGAGGAUUGCAAAGGGGCCGAUAGGCCUCCUCCUGUUUGUGUGCAACAACGAUGAAACCAUCAAGGUCUUCUCACUUCCAUCGAUGGAGCAGUAUGCCACUCUUGAUUUCCAAGAGUCGAUGAAUUACUCUGCUGUGAGCCAUGACUGCCAUUGGCUGGUUGGCGUCGGAGACAGUGCUUCAGUGUACCUGUAUGAAGCGACUGCCACAGGAUACAGGCGGACGCACGAAAUGAAGGAGUACCAUGAUGUGGGAAUGUGCUGUGCCUGGGACUCCAAAGGGGUCCGGUUUGCAGCGGCCAGCCAGGAUGGCACGACAUGUGUCUGGGACAGGCGCACCUGCAAGCCUGUGCACAAGUUUGCGUGUGGUGCUCCCUGCCGCAGCGUCAAGUUCAGUGCUGCCCCGAUGGACUUGAUGGCGUUCGCUGAGGAGACGGACGUUGUGCACCUUGUAGACACACGGAAGUGGUCUCAGCAGCAGCUGCUGAGAGUGCAGGGCACAACCGACAUGGACAUCUCUGGGGUGUGCUUCCAGCCAGACGCAACAAGUCUGUUUGUGGGCCUGAAAGAUGGCAUCAUGAGGUAUGACAUCGACACUGUGGCCAGGAGACGCUUUUCUGAGGGUUCCUUGAUCUAG